UGUGCCAAAAAUUGUUCUGUAUAGGAAGUCGAUUUCUCUCUCGUUUCUCAUUUAUUGAUAUAUUUGAUCUCUUUUUGUUGGAUAUUAACCAGAAUCAAUGGUCUGAAGUGUUUUACAAUAUUGUCUCAAAAGCGACAAUAGUAGGAACUUUGUUAGGAGUGGAUGGAAGCUAUGAUAACAGAUUGCAGGUGAUGAGCGCAGAACUUCAUUUGCCUUCGCCUGUUUUAUUGACCAGGGAGUGUUAUUUUGGAAGGUACAGCAAGCAGUUAUCUCAUAACACAUGGGGGGUUGUAGAUGUAUCAUUGGAGAAAUUUCUUCCUUCCCCGACCACCAAUUUUCGGAAAAAACCAUCUGGAUGUUUAAUUAAGUUAAUGCCUAAUGGACACUCUAAGGUCACAUGGGUGGAGCAUGUAGAUGUAGAAGAUAGUCAAGUGGACCAAUAUUUCCAGUCUCUAUUCACCUCCACUCUAGCUUUUGGCGCAAGCCGUUGGAUUAAUUCCUUAAUUCGAUAUGGUGAAUGGUUACAAAGACUAUUCGUAACACCGUUGGUUGCUGAUGAAGGAGUUUUUAUAGCCCAAACGGGGAGGACCAGUUUGCUGCAACUGGCAGAUAGAAUGAUGAAAACAUUUUGUGGAAACACGAGUUCCACCGCAGACAAUCCAUGGACCCAAAUGGCUCAUUCCCCAUACGUGAGAAUCAUGGUGAAGAAUAACAUGGAAGAAGCUGGAAAGCCUCCAGGUACAUCCGUUGUUUUCACCACUUCUGUUUGGCUUGAUGUCUCCCGGAAUCGACUGUUCAACUUCCUCCGCCAUGAGAAUUCCAGAACCAAGUGGGAUUUACUUUCACGUAGACAUACUAUUCGAGAGUUUGCUACAAUGCUGAAGGGUGAAAAUCCAGGAAAUCGUGUUUCCCUGAUGAGAGUCCAUAAUUCACAGGGCAAGCUUGUAAUCUGUUUUCUGCAAGAGAGUUACACAGACUCAACAGGUUCGUAUAUAGUGUAUGCUCCACUGGAUGAGUCAGCUGUGGCAGCUCUUGUACACGGAGCCAACCCUGACAAAGUGAUGAUCCUACCAUCAGGGUUUAGCAUUCUUCCUGAAAGGUUGCAAGGAGAUGAAGAUAGAAACAGUCGAAGUCUUCUAACUAUUGCAUUCCACAUAGUUGAAAGUACCACUAGUAAGCCAUAUCUCGCUCCUGAAUCAAUCGAAACCAUAUACAAAGUCAUUUCAGAUACUGUUUACUCUAUAACAAACUCAGUGCUGUAUCAUAAUCAUCGCAAUAAUUGGAUGGAUGAUUCAAAUUUCUAGUUACUUCCUAAAUGACUUUGCUUUGGAGCUUUGCAUUUGAUGUGAGAAAAUAUUUAAUGCAGUGUUUAUGACUGUUUUCGCUCUUUCACGUACAGGUAUAUACUUUUCUCACUUUUAGUAUAUUUUGCUGUGAUAUGAAUUA